AACAACCGAGCUGUCAAACAAACGUCUGCUGCAUCUGUAGCGCGGUGUGUUGGCACGGAAAAUCACAGUCCGAUCGUAUCUCAAACUCGCGAGUUGACCAUUUAUUUGAAUGAAAGUGCAGCAUUUCGAAGGUGACGAAUCAUGAGCAAUGUGCCAGACGUAGAGCAGCUGAAGCUGGAAGAAAAUCACAACAGUGGGACGGAAAAUGCGCCCGCUCCAGUCGACGAAGACGUGGUUGAUCCGUGGACCGUAACUAGCACAUCCGAUGCAGGAAUUGAUUACGAUAAGUUGAUCAAACGGUUCGGUUGUUCACAUAUCGAUGCGGCCCUGAUUGAGCGGCUGGAAAAGGUCGCCGGAAAACCGGUUCACCAUCUGAUCCGCCGCGGUAUAUUCUUCUCGCACCGUGACCUACACACACUACUCGCCGCAGUGGAGACGGGCAAGAAGUUCUAUCUCUACACCGGCCGUGGACCAUCGUCCGAGUCCAUGCAUUUAGGUCAUCUGGUGCCCUUUAUCGUGACAAAAUGGCUUCAGGAAGCGUUCGAUGUUCCGCUGGUGAUUCAGCUUACGGAUGAUGAGAAAACGUUGUGGAAGGACUUGACCGUCGAGCAGUCGAUGCGGAUGGCACGCGAGAACGCGAAAGAUAUCAUUGCGAUUGGGUUCGAUCCGAGCAAAACGUUCAUCUUUUCGAACCUGGAAUUUAUGGGCCAGUGUCCACAGUUCUAUCAGAACAUUAUACGCAUCCAGAAGUGCGUAACGUUCAAUCAGGUGAAGGGCAUUUUCGGCUUCGGCGAUUCGGACGUAAUAGGAAAGAUUGGCUUUCCGGCGGCACAAGCCGCGCCCGCCUUUUCCACCACCUUCCCUUUCAUCUUCGGUGUGGACAAGCUGCCCGUACUGAUCCCAUGUGCGAUCGAUCAAGAUCCGUACUUCCGCAUGACGCGUGACGUCUCGCCCAGGUUGGGUUUCCCGAAGCCGGCUCUCAUCCAUUCGAGUUUCUUUCCCGCGCUGCAAGGAGCGCGCACGAAAAUGUCGGCCAGCGAUACGAAUUCGGCCGUCUUUCUUACCGAUACCGCGAAGCAGAUUAAGACGAAAAUCAACAAACAUGCUUUCUCCGGUGGGCGCCCAACGCUCGAGGAACACCGGGAGCUGGGCGGCAACACGGACAUUGACGUAAGCUUCCAGCUGCUAAGGUUCUUCCUCGAGGACGAUGCGGAGCUGGAGCGUAUCCGGGUCGCGUACGGGAAGGGUGAACUGCUGAGUGGUGAAAUCAAGAAGAUCGCCAUCGAUACACUGCAACCGAUCGUGGCGGAGCACCAGAAUCGACGAAAGGAAGUGACCGAUGAGGUGCUAAAUCUGUUCCUAACUCCGAGAAAGCUUAACUACGAUUUCAGCGUAAACGUGCCCGGGGACAGCGCUAAUGGGCCUGGAGCGGCGGGGAAGAAAAAGGGCAAAGAUAAGAAGGCGCCUAAGCAGGAAUAAGGUUCGAUGCCACGAUACAGAGGGCAGCGGUGGAGGCGAGCAGCAUCGGGCAAGCAAUUAUCGGUACUUUAGAGGAUUAUGAUAAGCGACGUUACGGCGCUAGCGAAUCCUUUCCACUUUCGGCACCAGUGCUUCGAUUGAUUACGUUUAAUAUGAACAAAACAACGGACGCAGUAAUAUCACCACAGAACGGUUAUUCGUUCGCUUGCGGGGAAUUGGACCCCCUCCCCCCGUUUUGUAAGCAGUGGUGAACAUUUAUUUAUUUUAUUUAUAGCCGCAUUGUUGCUUAGCAUUUCUGCAAGUGAAAAAGUUGUACGGUAAUGAAUAAAAAUUGCAAGAUAAGAGUUUA